CGCUAUCAUCGCGCUCUGACGUCAACACGUCAGCCUGAGAAUACCGGAAGAGAAGGUCGAAUACAUCGAAUAAUUUAUAAAAGAUUAACUUGAUAUUCAGCGAUCUUUAGUCACAAUUUAAUGAUCGGGUGUAAAACGCUAGUUUAAGGAUUAAAGCAUGCAGAGCGCUGCUUCUUCUCCUCAUGAGACCCCACAGGCGAGCGGAGAUCGGGCUGAACUGACCCAGCUGCCUACGAAGGAUCCCUCAUCAGUGGACAACAGCACCUCUGAGCUGAGCAGCCCCAAAGCGCUGACCUUUGACCUGUUGAACAUGGUGAUCUCCUUCAAACGGAUGGCGAUCUACCUGGAGCCCGUCACAGACACAGUGGAGGUGCUGCGCUUUCUGCUUGGAUGGAGGAUGCCGCUGUGCUCUCUGUUGUGUUGUGUCCUGCUCAACAUCCUCUUCUUCAUGCUGAGCGAAGGCGCGUGGGUCUCUCUGCUCCUGCUUGGGCUCUCGGCUCCGGCUGUGCUGGGUUACCUUGGAGACCGUUGCCAGGGCGGUGCCAGCGAAAUGGCAGUACAGAAGAAGAAACACUAUGCGGUUCAGCGGCGAGACUUGCAGACGGUCCACAUGAGCAAACAGGAAGCCCUGCUGGAGGUCAAGGGCAUGCUGAAACGCAUAGAUGACCUCUUGAUGCAAGCAUGUUUGUAUGCAGAGUCUGUGUAUAAGGUUUUAUACUGGGAGAGUCACGCAGUGUCUUCCAUGUUUUAUGGUUCUCUCCUGGCCUUGGUUUGUUUACUUUAUACGGCCCCUGUGGGUUUGAGUCUGUCUAUGCUCAACAGUGCCCUCUUCCUGUGUAACAAAGACUUCUGCAGAGUUCUUUUGGAGUUAAAGGAGUUUGUUCGCCCGUGUCAAGUCCAGCCUGUAGAGGAAACUGAACCAAAUGACCCGGAUCAGGGAAACCUGCUGGACCGCACGCCCACCCCGACCAGUGUGGAGGAUCUUUCUCCUGGCAAUGUUGAAGAAGCGGAGGAGGCGGAGCCUGAUGAUGAGUUUAAAGACGCCAUAGAGGUGUGGCCUGUAGCCUAUUUGCUAAGAAAGAUUCAGUGGAGACGGAGAGUGAGUAAGGAUGACGAGGACGUGUCUUCGGGUGUUCCUGAGUUUGACACUGUCUCUGAUAAUGGACUGUUGAGUCGAAACGAGCCCAUCCGCAGUAAAGUGUCCAAACUCACCGAGAAACUACGCAAGCGGGUUCCUUCCAACAACACCGGAAACUGUUUCCAGUGUAAUUCAGCAUUUUCUGUUUUAAAGAAAAGGAGAAACUGCAGUAACUGUGGUGUCAGCUUCUGUUCCCGCUGUUGCUCUUAUAAAGUGUUCCGGUCCACUAUGGGAGCCACAGCACCUGAUGCCCAGAGAGAGACUGUGUUUGUGUGUGCUACAUGCAACACCUUCCUCAGCAGCAAGUAGGACGGACCCUCAUACCGAAAUGAUCUCCCAUCAUUACAACCCUGUAAAAGCCCCAUGGUGGGCCACAAGAAGGCUGCUUAUGUUGACAUUUCUGUCCUGCUUUAUGGAAAACUUCAUAUGGAGGACCAAAGAUCAAAGUUUUAUGCUGCCUCUGUAGGUUGCCCAAAACUUGUGGACCCUAAACAGGCUACUUUACGCCUGAUUUGGGACCUUUUUCCUUUCUCCUUUCCCUGUAAACCCCAAUACUUACCAAAGCCUGACUUCUAGAAAAAUCGAUUUGCUUUGAGCCCAUCUUGCCUUAUAAUGUAACCAACCCUUAUUAUGACAUCACUUUCCAGAAUUAGGGCCCUUGAAGGGAUAUCUGAUUUAUAUCAAGGGUCCUUCGUCUAAUAUGGCUAUUAUCACAUCAUGAGGGAUUCUGUAGAAGAUUACAAGAAC